CUUUUAGUGGAGCUAUGCUGAGGUUGUUUCAAAGAUCUCUACAAACGCGGCCACUUCUGACGCAGAUUGUAGCCUCAGGUGUCAUUUGUGGAGCAGGCGAUGCAUUUACUCAACUUGUUAUCGAAAAGAGACGUAUGAAAGAUUACGAUUAUCCAAGAACCGGCAGAUUCUUCUUUUUAGCAUCGGCUUUCAUAGCCCCCUGUCUAAACAAAUGGUUCAAAGUUCUCGAAAGAGUUGGUGGUAAUCCAAAAAUUGUCCCCUUGAUCCGUGUAGCAAUCGAUCAGCUCACGUUCGCCCCCUUUUUCAAUGCAGUAAUUUUGUUCAACUUGCGGGUAUUGGAAGGAUUUUCUGUGGAGACGUCGUGGAGGAAGAUGAAAGAAGAUUGGUGGACCAUUUAUUCGAGCAGUUUGAUGGUCUGGCCAGCUGUACAACUAGUCAACUUCUACCUGAUCCCAUUGAAUAUGCGAGUGAUUGUCGUACAAUUGGUCGCCUUCUUCUGGAAUGCGUUUUUGUCGUACAAAACACAAACUCUCAAGCGAGCGUUACUUGCGCAGCGCUCGUCUUCAUAAUCUUCAAGCAACUUCCAUCACCG